CCAAGCGUCUCUCCUUUUGGUGUCCCUAAAGAGACCACAAACAAAUUUCCUCCACUCAUAGCGCAUACCCCUAUCUCCUCUGGAAAAGCCAACAAACCCUUCUUUUUUUUUCAAGUCUUUUGCUACUACUAUAAGUCUGUAACUGCUCUUACUCUCUCCCUCUCCCUCUCACCCAUAUAGAGGCAACAGCACCCACUUUCUUGCUGCUUCUCUAGCCAUUUUCAGGCAUUUCCCAGCAAGGUGUAGGUGAAAAUGGCACAAAUCUUGGCACCCUCUCCACAAUGGCAGAUGAGACUCCCAAAGAACUCGAUGCCUGCAAGUCCCCUGACAACAAAGAUGUGGAGUUCCCUGUUGCUGAAGCAGAACAAAAAAGUCACAGCUAAAAACUCUGGCAGACUCAGAGUAUUUGCACUGAAGUCUGAAAACAGCACCAUCAAUAGGCUAGAGGAUCUUCUAAAUUUGGACAUUACACCAUACACCGACAGGAUCAUUGCCGAGUACAUUUGGAUUGGAGGAUCUGGUAUUGAUGUGCGAAGCAAGUCAAGGACUAUUUCAAAACCUGUGGAACAUCCAUCUGAGCUGCCAAAGUGGAACUAUGAUGGAUCAAGUACUGGACAAGCACCAGGAGAGGAUAGUGAAGUUAUUCUAUACCCCCAGGCAAUUUUCAAGGACCCUUUCCGUGGAGGUAACAAUAUUUUGGUAAUUUGUGAUUCAUACACACCAGCAGGUGAGCCCAUUCCUACAAACAAACGCAACCGUGCUGCUGAAAUUUUCAGUAGUAAGAAGGUUGUAGAUGAAGUGCCAUGGUUUGGAAUUGAACAAGAGUACACCUUACUUCAACCAAAUGUGAAGUGGCCCUUGGGCUGGCCUGUUGGAGCCUAUCCUGGUCCUCAGGGUCCUUACUACUGUGGAGCUGGGGCUGAUAAGUCUUUUGGUCGUGACAUAUCAGACGCUCAUUACAAGGCUUGUUUGUAUGCUGGAAUCAACAUUAGUGGUACCAAUGGGGAGGUUAUGCCUGGCCAGUGGGAGUAUCAGGUGGGUCCCAGUGUGGGAAUUGAAGCUGGAGAUCACAUCUGGUGUUCAAGAUACAUUCUUGAGAGAAUCACUGAACAAGCUGGUGUUAUUCUCACACUUGAUCCAAAACCAAUAGAGGGUGAUUGGAACGGUGCAGGAUGCCACACCAAUUACAGCACAAAGAGCAUGAGGGACGAAGGUGGCUACGAAGUGAUAAAGAAAGCAAUCUUGAAUCUGUCACUUCGCCAUAAAGAACAUAUCAGCGCCUAUGGUGAAGGAAAUGAGAGAAGGUUGACUGGAAAGCAUGAAACUGCCAGCAUUGACACAUUUUCUUGGGGAGUGGCUAAUCGUGGUUGCUCAAUUCGAGUAGGGCGUGAUACCGAGAAGAAUGGCAAAGGUUACUUGGAAGAUCGACGUCCGGCUUCAAACAUGGACCCUUACGUGGUGACCUCAUUGCUGGCAGAGACUACAAUUUUGUGGGAACCAACCCUCGAGGCUGAAGCUCUCGCCGCUCAGAAGUUGUCCUUGAAAGUUUAAUGUGAUUUUGAUUGAAGACAACCUCAAGGGCACAGGAAGUAAUCACUUGAAUUUAAUUGGCCUGUGCACAGGGAAAGCUUUUCUCUUGUUAGUCCUCAGGAAAGAUCUUUUGUAAAUAAGGGUCCUGAUGCCAUCAGAUUUUUCGUGCCCAGUCCUGUAAAAUGGUUUCUUAGAUUGAGAAAACAUUUUAUAGACAAGGGUUCCUCACUGUUAAUUAGUUUUGAACUUACGGGCGAUUACUUAAUGUUUGAUCUAUUGGCAUCCUGGACUUCUUUUCUCCAGCCUUUUGACAAUUUCUGGAAUUUUUAACUUGGUGGUAUCAUAUUGAUGUUCUACUUUUACUUUAAAUUUGAUUGAUCUUUUUGUCA